AUGCCCGAAAAGCCGCUAAAAUGGGGAAUCCUAUCAGCUGCGAAGAUCUGCAAUGAUUUUCUCGCGGCCAUGACUACCUUGCCCGCUGGCGAGAAUCUACCAGUCGCAAUAGCGGCCCGUUCGAAGAAAUCUGCUCAAGAGAUGGCAGACAAGUUUAAUAUUCCGACUGUCUACGAGGGUUACGAUGCUUUAGUAGAAGACCCAAAUGUGGAAAUAGUGUACAUUGGUACUUUGAACAAUUUCCACUACGAAUGGAUCAAAACUAUCCUCAACGCUGGAAAGCACGUCUUUUGCGAGAAAACCCUUUGCCUCAACGCUGACCAGGCGAAGGAGGUCUUUGCUCUCGCUCAAUCAAAAAAGCUGUUUCUCGCUGAAGCUAUGUGGAGCCGCUAUAAUCCGAACAUAAAUAAAAUGCGCGAGAUAAUAAGAUCCGGCUCGCUUGGAGCGGUCAAGACUGUCGAAGCUAAUCUUGGAAUCGACAUCAUCAACGUGCCAAGAAUAAAAAAGAAGGAGUUUGGAGGAGGAGCUCUAUUAGACCUCGGCGUGUAUGCUGUAAUGGGUGUUUUAACUGGCUUCAACGAUGAGAAACCGAGCAAAAUGACUGUAACUGGUUCAACGGAUAAAGACACUGGAGUGGAUGACAAAGUGGAGAUACAAAUGGAGUUUUCGGAUGGCCGAACAGGCAUCGCGAAGACUUCUACUUUAGAGCAGUACGAUCAGACUUGUACAGUCACGCUCGAGCAAGGAAAAAUUGUUCUUCCUGAUUUCUGGAGCGGCUACAAGGUUGAAAUUCAUAAAAACGACAAGCCUGAAGAUGUCGAAAAGUUAGAAUUCCCCCACCAGAAGCAGAACAGCCGUUCAACUUUACCCACUCUGCUAAUAUGCGUCACGAAAUUGCCGGCGUUAGAAGAGCACUUCAACAAGGCCUAA